UCUAUUCUAUGAAACGAACUAGCGUUCCUUCGCUUGCUUCUUCUGCUCUGGGCGGCUCAUCUCUUCUAAAUUUCACUUCUCUUCCUCUUUCCUUUCCAUCCUUCUUUUCAACAGCGAAAAAGAAAUGGAGAUAAAAGAGUUUUCUUUUGCAGCUGAUAGCCCCCCGCUCUCCGUUAUUUCCGCUGCGAAGGUCGCCGCCGUCUGUCUUCCUACUCCUACUAUUCUCACCGACUCAUCUUCCCUUCCCACCAUUGUCUUCUCUGAUGGGACUAAAUUACGAGGUACAUUUGUACUUCUUCGGUACAUUGGCCGGAUUGCUAGCCUUCCCAAUUUCUAUGGACAUGAUGCAUGCCAAUCUAGUCAGAUUGACGAGUGGCUGGAUUAUUCCAGUAUACUUUCAUCAGGGUCUGAAUUUGAGAGUGCAUGUACCUAUAUUGACAGUUAUUUGGAGAAGCGUACUUUCUUGGUUGCAUAUUGUUUAUCUAUUGCAGAUAUGGCUAUUUGGUCAGGGCUAGCAGGAUCUGGGCAGAGAUGGGAAAGUUUGAGGAAAUCAAAGAAAUACCAAAAUUUAGUACGUUGGUUCAACUCAAUAUCUGCAGAGUAUAGUGAUGCCUUGAUUGAAGUCACAUCAACAUAUGUUGGCAAAAGAGGCGCGGGAAAACCUGUGACAGCUAAAUCAAAAGAACAACAAUUCGUCAAUGGAGAUAUCUCUGAAAAGGGAAAAGCAGGUAGUAAAACAGCUGAAGUUGAUCUUCCAGAUGCUGAGAUUGGAAAGGUGUGUCUGCGAUUCGCUCCAGAGCCCAGCGGUUAUCUUCACAUUGGGCAUGCAAAGGCAGCAUUACUAAACCAGUAUUUUGCUCAACGAUAUCAAGGUGAGCUGAUUCUUCGGUUUGAUGAUACAAAUCCAGCAAAAGAAAGCAGUGAGUUUGUGGAGAAUCUUCUGAAAGAUGUUGAGACAUUGGGUGUUAAAUAUAAAAAAGUUACUCAUACAUCAGAUUACUUCGAUGAGUUGAUGAAGAAGGCUGAAGAGUUGAUCAGGCAGGGUAAAGCUUAUAUUGAUGACACACCACGUGAGCAAAUGCAGAAAGAAAGAAUGGAUGGUAUUGAAUCGAAAUGUAGGAACAACAAUGUGGAGGAGAAUCUGAAAUUGUGGAAGGAAAUGAUUGUAGGAUCAGAAAGGGGUUUGCAGUGCUGCCUUCGUGGGAAGUUAGACAUGCAAGAUCCAAAUAAAUCUCUUCGGGAUCCAGUCUACUACCGUUGCAAUCCUGUUCCUCACCACAGGAUUGGUUCCAAGUACAAUAUAUAUCCGACAUAUGAUUUUGCUUGUCCCUAUGUGGAUGCUUUAGAAGGUAUAACUCAUGCACUUCGAUCAAGUGAGUAUCAUGAUCGAAAUGCUCAAUACCACAGGAUUCAAGAGGAUUUGGGAGUGAGAAAGGUUCACAUUUAUGAAUUCAGUCGGUUGAAUAUGGUCUAUACACUACUCAGUAAACGUAAUCUUCGGUGGUUUGUUGAAAAUGGAAAGGUUGAUGGAUGGGAUGAUCCUCGGUUUCCAACUGUCCAAGGAAUUGUACGCAGAGGUUUGAAAAUUGAGGCACUAGUGCAAUUUAUUCUUGAACAGGGGGCAUCAAAAAAUCUUAACCUGAUGGAAUGGGACAAACUCUGGACAAUUAAUAAGAAAAUCAUAGAUCCUGUUUGUCCCAGACACACUGCUGUUAUUGAAGAAAGGCGUGUGCUACUGACCUUGACUGAUGGUCCUGAAACUCCUUUUGUUCGCAUCAUACCUAGACACAAGAAGCAUGAGGGUGCUGGAGAGAAGGCUACAACAUACACAAAGAGGAUAUGGUUAGACUAUGAUGAUGCAGUGUGCAUUGAGAAGGAGGAAAAUAAGGAAGUAACCUUAAUGGAUUGGGGGAAUGCUAUAGUGAAAGAGAUUGUGAAGGAUGAGAGUGGAAAAGUUACAGAGUUGAUUGGGGCUCUACAUCUUGAAGGAUCUGUCAAGACGACAAAGUUGAAGCUCACCUGGUUACCGGAGACGAGUGAACUAGUUAACGUCUCGCUCGUGGAGUUCGACUAUCUAAUAACAAAGAAAAAGCUGGAAGAAGGUGAGAAUUUCCUCGAUGUGCUUAACCCAUGUACCAAGAAGGAGACUGCAGCACUUGGGGAUUCAAACAUGCGGAAUUUGAAGCGUGGAGAGAUAUUGCAGCUGGAGAGGAAGGGCUACUUCAGAUGUGAUGUUCCUUUUAUCAGACCUUCAAAGCCUAUCGUUCUACUUGCGAUUCCAGAUGGCAGGCAGCCAACCUCAUCAAAGUAGAUCUUCACAUUUGACUAGACGAUUUUCAGGUUGUGAGAUCAAAUUGAACUACAUGUAUUUGUUAUUUAUAUAAGCGAGGAGAAUGGAUGUUCUAAUGCUUGGAUAUGCAAUUUUUGUCGGAAACUUUUGAUGGAACACCUUCUGGGUUCGCGUUUAUCUUUAUACGUAUUUUAAUGAAUUAAAAUAUGCACUUACAUUAUUUAAA